CAAAUAAAAAUCAUAUAUUAAAAAAAAAAAAUAUUACUAUUCUUUUUAUUUUAUUAUUAUUUUUUUUUUCCUCUCAAAAUCUUAUAUUAGAUCUCUUUCUCCUUCAUCUAUCUUGUAUUGUUGUUACUUGCCUUCUACUUGUUGGAUCUAUUAUUAUGGAGAACUCAACUGUAUCUUCAAUAAACCCGCAAAAUCUUGACCCGAAAACUCCAUCGAGGACCCGAAAACAGCUGAUUUCGAGUUAUCAUCCUUCACCUUCGCGAACCAUUUACAGUGAUCGUUUUAUACCGAGUAGAUCUUCUUCAAAAUUUGCUUUAUUUGACUUGCCAUUACCCUCGCAAUCGAAUUCGGUUGAUGAUUCUAGCAAUGUGUAUACUGCACUGCUUCGAUCAGCGUUGUUUGGGGAGGAGUGUGGAUCGGUUGUAGCACCAGUGACACCGGAGAAAUCGUCGGGUUUGAAUUCAAGAAAUUUGCAGAUUUGUAGACCCAAUUGUAAUAUUUUUCGGUUUAAGAGUGAGACCCGGCAAUCUCUGCCUUCAUUGUCUCCGUUUGGGUUUGAUGAGCAGGUUCCGGGUUUUAGUCCUAAUCCGGUUAAGUCUACCCGGAAAGUACCAAGAUCGCCUUUUAAGGUUUUGGAUGCGCCGGCACUGCAAGACGAUUUUUACCUGAACCUUGUGGACUGGUCUUCGAAUAAUGUGUUAGCUGUGGGGCUAGGGAGCUGUGUGUAUCUAUGGCAUGCAUCUAGUAGCAAGGUAGUGAAGUUGUGUGACCUGGGAAUUGAUGAUAGCGUUAGUUCAGUUGGUUGGGCACAACAGGGUACACAUCUUGCUGUUGGAACAAGUAAUGGCAAAGUCCAGUUAUGGGAUUCCUCGCGUUGUAAGAGGAUAAGAACCAUGGAGGGUCAUCGAUUACGAGUUGGUGCACUGGCGUGGAGCUCAUCCAUGCUGUCUUCAGGCAGCCGAGACAAGAGUAUUCUUCAGCGUGAUAUACGUGCACAAGAAGAUUUUGUCAGUAAGUUGAGUGGUCAUAAAUCAGAGGUUUGUGGGCUCAAAUGGUCUUAUGAUAACCGUGAAUUAGCUUCAGGUGGAAAUGAUAAUAGGCUUUUUGUAUGGAACAACCAGUCAACGCAACCUGUGCUGAAAUAUUGUGAGCAUACUGCUGCUGUAAAGGCCAUUGCAUGGUCCCCCCAUCUCCAUGGGCUUCUAGCUUCUGGUGGCGGCACAGCUGAUCGAUGCAUUCGAUUCUGGAACACCACCACUAAUACACAUCUCAGUUGCAUGGACACUGGCAGUCAGGUCUGCAAUCUUGUGUGGUCUAAGAAUGUCAAUGAAUUAGUCAGCACACAUGGUUACUCUCAAAACCAGAUUAUAGUCUGGAGAUAUCCGACAAUGUCUAAGAUAGCUACUCUGACCGGCCAUACAUAUAGAGUCUUAUAUCUUGCUAUAUCUCCAGAUGGACAGACAAUUGUUACAGGAGCAGGAGAUGAAACACUUCGAUUCUGGAAUGUUUUCCCUUCUCCUAAGUCAAAGAACACCGAGACUGAAAUUGGUGCAUCUUCACUCGGUAGAACUCAGAUCAGGUGACGAUUUGUAAAUUAUUUUCCACUCGUAGACAUUGUUCCAUCAAUAAGUACAUUCAGUGCAGCAAACACGCCCCAUUUUUCUGCUUUGAUGGAGUGGCGAAAAGUUGCAGGAAGCUGGAAAGCUAAACAUGCAACUAAUCAGAUAAUCUCUAUCAUCUUCCAAUUUUAUUUGAAUCAAUUAUUCUUUUAUUAUGUAACAAGUGUACAGUUGGAGAUGUUAUUUAUUCUCAUUAACAUCUCUUAUUCAUCAUGUAAUAUAUGGGGAGAGUGGAAGAGGUUCCUAUUUUAGGAACAUCUAAUGUAUGGAGAACCACAGAUCCUUUGUUGUAAAUAAAAGUUCCAAGUGCCAUUUUUUCCUCUGA